GUUGGCGUGUUUCUAUUCCAUCAUAUCCAUUUUUAGGCCAAUAAAAACCUCUUAUCAUGCGUAUACACAUUUUAUUAGACAACAAUAUAUAGAGAGCAAAAUAGAGAGAGGCAUACAAUAGAAAGAUAGACACACAAUAGAAAGAUAGACACACCGACCUUUAAUAACUCCGGAUUCUCAGCUCUUCCACUAUAAAACGUCAUCAUUGCUCCCGCCAAAUACGACGACUGGUAAUAUCUUUGGUCCCUGUACAUUGAAGGAUUUAGCUGGAAAUUUGCUGUGUAAUUAAUGAACAAUUUAUGAUCUGAGAAUUACGACUUGAGAUUGAUCGAAGAAGUUUGACAUAAGUUGUGUAUAGUCAUGGAACUCAGCGUGGAUGAGUUGUUUGGGCAACGUGAAGUAGAAAGUGUCAGAGGUUCUGGCUCAGAGGCUGAAGAGGAUGACAGUGAUGAUGGUGAUGUAGAUAGAGGACAAAAUAACCCAAUGGAGGAAGCUAUUGAAGUUCGUGAACCAGGUCAGGAACCAGCCAGCCAGCAGCAGCAGGCUAUCAAACCCAAGAGAGUGAUUAAGAAUCCACAGCCAAAACUUGACGCCCAGCGGUUAACUGGCCCAAGAGGUAUUGGAGUUCUUCAGCGAGCUUUUAAAGAUGUGAAAUUCCGUGGAAAAGGUCAUGAAAAAGAGGACCUUGAUAUUUUGUUGAAAACACUUGAACACUGGACUCACCGUCUCUUCCCAAGACUGCCCUUCAAAGACACUUUAGAACAGAUAGAGAAGCUUGGGGCUAACAAAAAUGUACAGGUGCAUAUGAAGCGUAUUCGAUUAGACAUGUACUUUGAAAGUGAGCAAGAUGGAGGAGUAGAGGACAAUGUGAGAAGAGGCAUAGAUGAGGAGGAGAAGGAACAAGAGCCACAAAUUGAUAUCUUUGAUGAACUGUUGGGUCGUAGUGCCUUCCCUACGUCCCAGUCUACUCCUCUACCACCAGCAGUGAUCCCUCCAAGCCCAAGUCUACCUUCUAAGGUAUUGACCAGUGAGCAGCGAGAACGACUGGAGCAAAACAAAAGACUUGCAGAAGAGAGACGUUUAGCUCGAUUAAGAAAACAAGAACAGGAGAGAGCAAAUAAAACAUCAUUAAGGAAUAAUGAUUUUGAAUCUGAAAUGGAGUCUCAGGAUGUUUUUGAUCAUCUAAAUGAAUCAACAAUCAUGAAUGUAAAUACAGAAGAUAAUUCAGAAGUUGUCAAUAAUACAGCAGAGGAAGAAACUGAUCACACUAAUAUGGAAACUGAGGAAGCAAAUGAACAACAAAUAUUAAAUGAAGACAGAAUAAUAGAGGAACUGUCAGUCUCUGAAAAAGAACACACCCCAUCAUCCCCCCUGAGAGAGGAAGCUACAGGUGAUGGUGAUGAGGACCAACAGUCUGGUCAACUGGCAUCUGUGAGUCCAGUUAAGGAUACACAGACUAAGUCAGACACAAGUACUACACAUAUGUCAGGACCAGGUAGUAAAAACCAGGAUGGGUCGGUAAAAAAAAUUUGUUCACGAGAAAAAAAGGAAGAGUCAGGUAAAGAUGAUGAGGGAGAGGAUUUAUGCACAGAGGAUGAUAUGCUUAAUAUGUUGGAAGAGGAUAAUGCAAAAUGAAAUAUUUUCAACUAUCGCAAAACAGAUUUUCAUUAUGCAGAGAAAGUUUUAUAAAUGUGUACUAGAAAAUUAAAAGAAUUGAUAUUUCUUGAGAAUAAAUACUGCUUGUCAAGGAGCUCCUAUAAAUGUACAAGCCAUUUGAAGAGUCUUGGACAGUAAACUACUCCCUAACUAGCAAGUGAGGACUGAUCAUACAAUCAACUUCCACAUCCUCUUUGUUCUUUUAUUUAUUAUCAUUUAGUCUCGUUUCUCUUUCACCACCACUUCCUCCUUCACCACCUCUUCUUUUUCCACCACCACUUCCUCCUCCACCACCACUUCCUCCUC